UACAAUUUAGCCUUCAAACCCUUAUAAUAAGGUAUCUAAAAAUUCCCUUAUUCAAUAUUGAACGCGCCCAUUGUGCCCCAUCCAUACAGAUUAGCAACUCAUCGCAUCUUUAUGAAAACAGAUGCUUGUAUUUUGACAUUUCAUAAAACUCAAAACUCAAAUGACGCUUGAAUUAAAACAAAUUGAAUGUUACCGUUUUUUUUUGUACUGUUUGUUUGCUCGUGCCGUGAAAAAUUUAACAAUUCAAAUUUGAUAAAUAAUACAUUUUAGAAAUGGAAUCUUAUAGAGUAAUAAAUCAUGAAUUAUCAAGAAAUAACCAAGAACUUAGGACUGCAAUACAAAAAUACAAACACGAAAUAAUAUAUCUUAAUCGAAAGCUGUUGGAACAGCGCGAAGAAUUCAAUCGCUUGAAAGCGUCGAUUGCAAAAACCAUUGAAGAAAAAUAUACAGAAACUAUGGAUUUUAUUUUUCCUGAAAGGAUUGCAGUUCCAGAUCAAAUACAAAACAGCAAGUUGAGUUUAGAUUCUCAUCGUCGAUCUUCUAGUAAUUUGAAAGAAGUCGAUCCGGUUAAAAGAAAGUCACAUUCUGCACGAAUUGGUUCUUCAUGUGGAUUGGAGAUGGAAGAAUCAACAUUUAAGAUGCCUUCACCUAGGAUUGUUGACGAAGGAAUAGUCCGUUCGAGUAAACCUAUUCCUACAUACAUACAAAACAGUUCAAGUCAAAACGAAUCAAAAGAUUCUCCUAGCUUUAAGGAAAAGAAUGUUCCUAGAAUUACAGUUGAAGCAUAUCAAACGCUUUCGGAAUGUCAACAAAACGUUUCAAAUCAAAGCGAAUCACGAAAAAGUGAAGAUUUACACACAUCAAAAAGUAGCAUCGAAGAAUCAAAUGCCUCUGAGAUGACUGAAAUGGGACAGACUUUAAAAACGCCAAACACAAGCCUUGGGACGAUAAACGAAGAAAAGAGCUGUGCUUCCAAUGCACCUAAUGAAACUCUUAGUGAUGCUACAAUAAAUUGUUUACUUGAUGCUCCAUGCAGUACUCCAUACAAUCAGCACAAAGCACAAAACGGAACAAUUUUUCAACGGAAAGAAGUCCGUGUUUUAGUUAAAAAAAUGAGCAUCGACGAACUUGCCCAUCUUAGUAUUCAGGACAGUCAUUGCACAGGACUGAGUGACACACUAUUAAAAAACACAACAUUCAAAUCAAAGAGCGCCCAAAUAGAAGCUUGUCACUCUGAAAAAAAAUGUUCACAAUUUACCUUUUCCAAUUUCACAAUAAACAAUUCUACAUGUAAAGUCAAUAUAAAUUCAUCAUCAGACGUCGAAUCCUUUGCAGGACCAAAAACCAUCCCUACAAAAGAAAAAGUAACCCCUUCAAACAACAAAUCUAUUAAAGUGCCUAUAAGCAGAGAAAGGAUCAAAGGAAAACAGAAUAAGGAGAACCAAGACACCGAUUCAGAAUUCACUUGUUCCGAUGAGGAAUCGAAUGUUGGAAGAAGAAGACUAAGACAUAAGCAGCUUUCUCUAAAAGAACCCAGUCUCAGGGCAAAACUACGAAAUACAACAAAUAUCAAAUUUUAAUAAAGCGUUCUAAAAUGUA